CUUGUUUCACCUUGUGUUUUGAUAAAUUAUACUUACAUUUUUUUACCAUUCUUUGAGUGAAAAUUUAAAUAAAUCAAUAGUUUAACUAUGACUCAAUUAUUACAAAUUGUAUUUCUACUAGCUACGAUAACCGUUGCUCAUAAUUCUGAAGAUUUCUGUAGUAUUGAAGACAAAUCUUGUGGUCAUGAUACUUCCGAUGAUAAAUACAUAUUUUACGACGUUAAUCCCCCUGAAGGGUUCAAUUUGAGACGCGAUGUUUACAUGAGAUUCGCAAUAAUGUUAGCAGAAGCACAUAAAGCCAGCAAAAAGGAUAAUUGGAAACUAGUUUUGCCACCAUGGAAGAAUCUAUAUCAUUGGAGAACUCAGUCUUCCAGAAGCCCUCCUCUGCCUUGGAGUCACUUUUUUGACAUCAAUUCACUCGAAUCCUUCUCCCCAGUCGUCGAAGUAUUCGAUAAAACAAAAGGAAAAACAUUAAAAAUCGAUCGUGUUUACGUUUUACAGAAUUUUGCUGAUGCUUUUGAAAAUGGUGUUUUUACUGAUAAAUGGGAGAUAAGCAGUGGGUGUGCAUAUGAUGGAUUCUGGGGCUAUAAUAAUUUGACAGCAAACGAGGUCGAAUGCGUGAAUUUUCAAGGAAAAAUAUCGAAAUUAUGGGAGCUAAUUGCUUUACACCCAUCUGACAGAUUUAUCAUGUUUGCACACGGUGAAAUACCGCUACAUGAUACGUAUGGAACAAAGAAGUUCUGGGAUUGUAGACGAAGCAUGAGAUUCAAUCAGAACCUCAUUACAAGAGCCGAAGAAUUCAUUACAAGGUACUUGAACUGCGACACAAAAUUGUGCAACAAUUACGCUAGCGUUCACUGGAGACGGCAGGACUUCGCGCGAUACCGUAAAAACGACGUCCCAUCUAUCAAGGGAACAGCUAAACAGAUAGACAAGCAUAUAAAACAAUUCAAUUCCUACAUAAAUAGAGUAUUUAUAGCUACAGAUGCAGAUAUGACGUCGCUACGGCAGUUAGAACUUGAAUUGACACAGUUAGGAUAUCUUAUACACUAUUAUGUACCUUCUCAAGCUGAUUUAGACAAGUACAAAGAUGGUGGAGUCGCUAUAAUCGAUCAAAUUAUUUGUUCGCACGCAGCAUACUUCAUAGGAACUCAUGAAAGUACGUUCACAUUUAGAAUACAGGAGGAGAGAGAGAUUCUAGGACACGAAAGUAGAACAACUUUUAAUAGAUUGUGCCCAGAUAAAGGGCAGUGUGAGAGACCUUCUAAAUGGACGAUUGUCCAUUGAUGAGGUAUUUUUAGUUUCAAUUUAAGCUGUACAAUACUCAUGUGCCAUGUAUUCAACCAAAGUUUAGUUUUAAGAUAAUAAAUAUAUAUUUUUUUACUA